UUGAAUUCCUAUCGCCGCUGACCACUUGUAUGUAGUACGUCUGGUUGGAGCGCGAAGGUGCAAAAAAUAUUAAAAAACACCACAUGUUUGGAAAGUGCAUUUGAACCAAACCCAAGGGAAUCGCCAUAGCUCCACAAAACAUGAGUUAAAAACCAUGCUACCUUGCUGCUAGAAUGGUGGGGUAAAAGUACGAUUUCUUUACUUCCCGAUUCGAACACACCUCCAGAACGGAGAGGACCUCCUUCAAGCGUCAGAGUACACGAGAAACUAAAAGAGAAAAGAAGCGAGUUGUUGUCAUGGAUUCCAUCCAGACUUUUUUUGCCGACAAGGUUGUACUAAUUACUGGAGGGACUGGAUUUCUUGGUAAAGUUUUAUUAGAGAAGCUGCUACGAUCAUGCAGGACUGUGAAGCGCAUUUAUCUUCUGACUCGGAGCAGAGCCGACCACACACCUCAGCAGAGGAUUGACAACAUGCUUCAGACAAGGCUGUUUCAGAAUGUACGAGAGAAUGAUCCUGAUCAACUGGAUAAGGUCACAGCAAUUACAGGUGACAUUGCUGAAGCUGACCUCGGAUUGUCUCCGGAAGACAUGGCUCUGAUAAUUGGCAGUGUACAGAUUGUUUUCCAUUCUGCAGCCACAGUUAGAUUUGAUGAGGAGCUGAGGGUGUCAUUACAGUUAAAUGUAAAAGGAACUCAAGAAGUUAUCAGGCUUUGCAAGGCCACAAAAAAACUAGAGGCGUUUGUCCAUGUGUCCUCAACAUAUGCAAACUGUGAUAGAGAUGUUGUUGAUGAGAAGAUAUACCCACCAUCAAUAGAGCCAGAAAAACUCAUUUCAUCUUUAGAGUGGAUGAGUGAUGACAUGGUUAAGGCUAUCACCCCAUAUGUGAUUGACCAGAGGCCCAAUACGUACACCUUCACCAAGAGCCUUGCUGAGCAUGUGUUGCUGCAGGAAGCGUCUGGGCUCCCUGUGUCGAUCUUCAGGCCGUCCAUCAUAGGGGCAUCAUUCAAGGAGCCCCUCCCUGGCUGGGUAGAUAACUUCAAUGGACCUGCUGGCCUAUUUGUUGCUGCUGGGAAAGGCAUGCUGCGGAGUAUGCCUGGUGAUCUAAAUAGUGUGGGCGAUGUAAUUCCUGUCGACAUAGCAGCUCACAUGAUGAUUUGCAUAGCAUGGCACACAGCCCAGAAACGAUCAGACGGCAUUCCUGUGUACAACUGUGGGACGGGUGUGUUAAACCCAAUUACGUGGGGAGAAAUAUCUGAAAUUAUGCAUAAAACAUUUUCGAUUUAUCCUAUGGAGGAUGUCUUUAGAAGACCAAACUUUAAUUUUGAGUCUAGCAAGUUAAUGUAUUAUUAUUGGACAUACAUCAGCCAUCGAAUCCCUGCUCUCAUUGCUGACAUGCUAUCCAUAUUCAUUGGGCAAAAGCCAAAGAUGAAUCGCCUCUAUCGAAAACUGCAAAAGGCAACAGAUGUUAUGAAAGUCUUCACAUCACGAGAAUGGAAGUUUACAACUGUGAAUUAUCUCAAGCUUUUAGAAGAACUCUCCCCCCAGGACCAAGAGGAGUUUGGGUUUGACGUUCGAGUUAUCGACUGGAAUAAGUACUUUGAAGACUUCACCAUCGGAAUGAAACAGUUCCUGCUGAAGGAAGACUUGAAAAACGUUCAUUUAGCGCACAACCGGAUCCGAAAGCUGCGUAACAUCCGCUGGACGAUGUACGCCGUUCUCUUUGUACUAUUCUCUUGGCUUCUCAUCAAGAAAGUCCCCUCUGUCCGGGUGGCAAGCUUUAGGUGCUUAAUGCGAGCGAGUGCGAUCUUCCAGGCGCUAGAGCCCUUCAAGAUAGUGAACUAACCCAGUGUGAUGUGUUUUUACGGACCCGCCAAUCACACCGCCCGGUGCCUCCAUUAGAAAUCUCGACGCCAUCUUGAUGACACGGGCUCUAGCUUUUCCUGAGAUCUGAGAUCCCGGGGUGAGGUUGUCGUGAAUAAGAUUAGUGUCCUUCUAGUUCUUACGAUGCUAGAAUGACCUACGAAGUAAAGUAUUAAGGCCGGUUUCUACCAAGACGCGCGAUCGCACAUCAGAAACGGACAAACGCCAGCACUUGCUCUUGCGUUUGCAUUCCAGAAAGACAGUUGUUGUGUGUGAGGAAGCGUUUUUUAAAGAUCGCACAGCUACGUUUGGCUAAAGUUAAGCCUCUCGAAUUAAUUACGAAGCAGCCUCGUUCCCACGGACUUGUAGCUUUAUUUUUCAAAAUAGGUGCCCUUGGAAGCGAGGCAGUGUUAGGUGCGCAAAAACAAGUAUACGCUAAAUAAUUUUUCUUUCACGUCAUAAAGUAUUAAUUACCAAUCAACUAGUCUCCCAUUUCUGUGAAUUGUUGCGAAUUUCCAUUGAAAAUAUUCUAAAGUAAUAAUGCAGUAUAAUGAAGGCGUGAGGAACUGAGGCUUUUUCCGGUUACUGAAUUCCCUUCAUAAGUCUCAUCGUCUUGGACUACUUGACCGCAAUUUGAUUUUCGUUAUUAUGUUUUUUUUAAUCAAAGUUCUUCAAAAAAGGAAGAAUAUGAAAUGAAUAUAAGCCACAAUCAUUGAAUACUUCAACAUUAUGAUAUUUCAUCUAAGUAAAAACUAUGGAAAUUGACGUGCAAAUUAUCCCAAUAAAGCACUAAUAAUUCUG